CAGCUCCAAGGCAACGAGGCUGCGAGGACGCAACUUGGACGUCGCGAUUCAACCAAACAUCCUGCCAUCUUAGCAGGGGAACAUAUCUCCCGCAAGCAGCAGAUUCUCCUUAAACACGACAACAACCGAGCACCUAGAGUGCCUGCUCGAGCCGCCGAGCUCCACUUGACGACCAGCACUUGGCGGCCAGCACUCGACGACGACCUCUUGCGGCACACACCUCGAACCAGAGCCCUCGAGGCCCGUCGACAUGGCGACCGAGGACGAUCGCUAUCGCCAAUCCACCCAGUUCCGACUGUGGUCCUUCUCACCUACCCAGCUAGCCGAGCUACGCGCCAAAACGAACAGUCUCGCCAGGCAAAACAUCUCGGACCGCCUCGCCUCGUCCACAGCCUCGUCCUCGACCGUCGCCUCUGCGAACCCCUCCGGCUCCAACACCCCAGUGCCCGGCGCUACUCCUGCUACCGACCCGACACAAGUCGGCGCGGCUCCAGCCCCAGCGCCUGCAGAUGUGCCGACCGAGUCCACCUCUUCCAUCAACAAGGCCCCGCUGCCCGAGUUCCUCACGCCCGCCGAGGAGGAGCAACUCCUGCGCUGCUUCACUGUCGAGUGCCUGCGCGCUGCCGAGUUUUGCAACUUGCCAACCGAGAUUCGCGCCACGUCGGCCAUCUUCCUGCGCCGCUUCUUCGUUACACACAGCAUCAUGACAUACCCCCCGCAAAAGAUGCUCAAGACCUGCCUCUUCUUUGGCUCAAAGGCCGAGAACUCGUACCCCCGUGUCAACAGUUUUGCGGAGAGGUUUCCCAACACCACUGGAGAGGAAAUCCUGGCCGGCGAGUUCCUGUUGUGUCAGGGGCUCAGGUUUGCCUUCGAUGUUAGGCAUCCCUACCGAGCACUGGAGGGUGCCAUCAUGCAGCUGCGGUCCUUUGGAGACAUAGAUGAAAGCAAAAUCUCCCGCGCACAGGGUCGUGGGCGUGAUAUCCUCAAAUUCAGUCCUCUGGUCACCGACGCUUAUUUCCACUACACCCCCAGUCAGAUUAUGCUUGCGGCACUAUCUAUGGCCGACCACGACCUUUUCGAGCGUUUGAUGCAGGCCAUGUUCGCGCACCGCCCCAGUGGUGACUCAAAUUCACAAAAAGCCCAGGUCCUGAGCCAGGCAGCCAAGGAGAAAACCGUCUCUGCAGUAAUGGCAUGCAAGGAUAUGCUCAGCCAGGAGCCGCCCGAGCGGAUGGCCACCUUCUGGGACAAGCCCGAGGAGGUCAACCCCUUCAUGAAGCCCUUCAUCCGGAAGCUUAAGAAAUGCCGAGACCCGGACAGGUUUGACCUCGUCGGGCUGCACAAAAAGAGGCUCGAGUUCAAGGAGGGCGAGAAGAAGCCGGCCAAGGGGGCAGUCGAGGACGACGGCGCCGUCUUCAGUGGCAGCAACGGCACAGGCAAGGGUGACGCAGACCGCGACGCUAAGAGACGAAAGGUUGCUGAGGAUCCUUUCGGACCGCCUUUGUAGGAUUGAAAGCUUCCGCUUGUUCCACUGGGAAAGACUUUGCUGGUACGGACCCCGUCUCUCGCCGUUGCCUGCCAGUUCAAUUUGGCUCGUUUACUCGCGGCUUGCCCAUUGAAGUCCUUCGUCAAGAGGGGACCGAGUCGCCUCGCAGCCCAUGCGACUCUGCCAGUAUUCCUGUCUUCGUUUCGAUUCAUACCUAUCACAAGCGUGAACGACAAGAGCCCCGCUGGCAACUCCUUUCCCUCCGCAGUUUCUACCGAGCCCUUAUACUCAGUCCGUUUGAACGCUAUCGUAGUGCUAUUGGUGAGUGGCUCAUUGGUAUUGUAACAUGUUAAAUAUAGAGCCAUAUAGAUCUACGCCCAGCCUCGAAGAAUUAAAUCUCCACACGAC